CUCGCUGAGCAGGAAGAGGAAUCCUCUCUCCCAAGGUGCCUGUGAGCAGAAGAGCAAAGUCAGGCUGUGCCCAGAGGCAUCCCCGCCCUCGCGUUUAUAGUGCACCAACCGGUGGGGGACACGCUGUUUACAAUGAGGGAGAAAAGAGCCUCUCAACCAAUAGGUCCCCGCUGCCAGCUGACGUCAUGCAAGGGCUGGACAUGGCUUUGCCUGGGCAAGGGACCAGCUCUGUCACUCAGCAGCCCUGUGACUUGGACAGGCUACUCCCCUCUCUGUGUCCCGUUCCCUCCUCUGUAAAAUGGGGUGAGGCCCCUGGAUUGGGGAGGAAUAGAGGAGUUCAGAUACAGGAGCUCUUAGAACAGUAGCUGGAGCCUGUGAAUUUAGGUGUUAGCCUGACAUUAAAUAAUAAUAAUAAACAUGCAUAGGUGAAAGGUCAGUCAUGAAUUGCACCUUAAUAUGAAAAUCUAACAUUUGGGGGAUUAAGGCAGUUUUAUUACUCAUUUCUGUAUUCAAAUGAUUGGGGGUGAUGGGUUGGGCGUGUGUUGUUGGAAGCAGCAGAGCCAGGCCCUAAGGGAGAGGACAGGAGCCCCUGCUGUCCCUGCAGCCCUGCUCUCCCCCUCUUUCCCAGCUUCCUGCCUUGAGGUGGCAGGAAAUGCUGAAGGGAAGGGGUGCUGGGUGGCAGGGCACCCAGGCCACCAGAUGGGAGAAUCUUGAGGGAACCCUGCAUUUUCUCUUUUCUCUCCUGCCCCCAGGAACCCAAUGAGAUGGUUAAGUCUUGAGUAUUUCUACUUUCACUUUACAAACUGGCCUAACCCCAAAGGUCGCAAUGGCUGCUACCUCUGCUACCAAGUGAAAAGAACAGAGAAGGGCUUUUCCUUGGACAUGGGCACCGGGGUUUUUGAAAAUGAGUUCUAUCCCAAGAAGCCUGUCCACACAGAAAUCUGCUUCUUGAAUUGGUUCAAGACCCAGCAAGCAUUCUUGGCCCAGAACCUGUCCCGUGAGGAGAAAUACCAUGUCACGUGGUUCAUGUCCUGGAGCCCCUGCUUCCAAUGUGCCAGGCAGGUGGUCACGUUCCUGAAGGACCACAAGUACGUGCAGCUGAGCAUCUUCGUUGCCCGCCUGUACUACUCCAGUCGCCCCCAGUACCAGCAGGGGCUGCGCAGCCUGCAAGGCGCAGGGGCCCAGGUGGCCAUAAUGACUCCAGCUGACUUUGCCUACUGCUGGGACAUCUUUGUGGAUGACCCCUUACAACCAUUCCGGUACUGGAAAGGAAUAUAUUUAAACAGUUGCAGCCUAUCUAAGACUUUGGUGAACAUUCUCAGGAAUCUAGAAAAGUAAAGGAUGGACUUCAAUCUCUCUAAACAAGUGGGGAGACUUCUGGUGAAUGCGGAAUAAAACACUUUCUUCAAGAAGUAAAACAGCCUAGGUGCCCAUCAGCAGAUGAGUGGAUUAGAAAACUGUGGUACAUCUACACGAUGGAAUACUAUGCUGUGGUUAAAAAAAAAGGAACUCU